AUGCAGCCUCCUCCCUCAGGCCACUACUAUGACCCUGGCUAUUACUGCCUGGGAGUAGAUUUGGAAGAAACCUCAGACAAUAUCUGGUGUAACUCACCAUUCUGUACUGUGCCAUCUCAAUACCCUCCAAUCCAAAGUAUAAGAGUGCAGUUUACCAAGUGUGAAAAUGAGAACGGUUUCAUCAUCACAUCCCCAAACAAGGAUGGAACCAUGAAGGUGCAGAACAACUCAAUCAUCAUCAGCUGUGAUGGGUUUUAUCUCAUCUCUCUGAAGGGCUACUUCUCUCAGGAGCUCAGCCUCAGGCUUCAGUACCGGAAGGGUCGGGAACCCCUCCUCUCCCUGAACAAGGUCAAGUCUGUUGACUCUGUCACAGUGGCCAAUCUGGCUUUCAAGGACAAAGUCUACCUGAAUGUGACCACUCACAAUGCCUCCUGUGAAGACAUCCAGGUGAAUGGUGGGGAAUUGAUUCUCAUUCAUCAAAAUCCUGGUGGAUUCUGUGUCUACUGA